AAAUUACACAAAGCCCAAAGCUUUAAAGUUUUUAUUUCCCUCUACUGUUAUCAAUCUCGUCGUCGUCGUCCUCCUCCUCCUCCUUCUAGGGUUUCCACAUUUUCUCGUCUUUUCCAUUUCUGGAAACCGUGGGGGUGAAAUGGAGACAGAUGAAGCUUACCAGAGGAAAGAGCGAGAUGCACUUGUAGCCAUUGUCGUUCUUGCUUGUCUUGCUUUAACUUCUUUGUUCGUCGCCUUCAGCUACUACUGCUAUAUUCGUAACAAAGUUUCCAAGCGUCACAGAAUCAACAAGAAGUUUAACUGCGAGGAGAAAGGAGAUUGUCAAAACCAACAAGAAGUUACUGACAACGCCCUGCAGAUUUUCACUUUCAAGCAGCUACAUUCAGCUACAGGUGGAUUCAGCAAGUCGAACGUGGUUGGUCAUGGUGGGUUUGGUUUGGUUUAUCGUGGUGUGCUUAACGACGGGAGAAAAGUUGCUAUCAAGCUUAUGGAUAAUGCAGGGAAGCAAGGGGAAGAUGAAUUCAAGAUGGAGGUUGAGUUACUGAGCCGUCUGCGUUCACCUUACUUGUUGGCACUUCUUGGUUACUGCUCAGACAAUAGUCACAAACUGCUUGUGUAUGAGUUCAUGGCCAAUGGUGGUUUGCAGGAACACCUCUAUCCUACUAACAGGUCUGGUUCUGUCCCAUUGAGAUUAGACUGGGAAACUCGGAUGAGAAUAGCUCUGGAAGCAGCAAAAGGCCUCGAGUAUCUCCAUGAGCAAGUAUCACCACCAGUGAUUCACCGAGACUUCAAGAGCAGCAACAUUCUCCUCGACAGAAACUUCCACGCCAAAGUCUCAGACUUCGGAUUAGCUAAAGUCGGAUCAGACAAAGCUGGUGGACACGUUUCCACACGUGUCUUAGGCACACAAGGAUACGUUGCUCCUGAGUAUGCUUUAACCGGCCACUUGACUACAAAAUCAGAUGUCUAUAGCUACGGCAUUGUCCUGUUAGAGUUACUAACGGGGAGGGUUCCAGUAGAUAUGAAGAGAGAUACUGGAGAAGGUGUUCUUGUUUCUUGGGCGUUGCCUCAACUGGCUGAUAGAGACAAAGUGGUGGACAUAAUGGAUUCAACACUAGAGGGGCAGUACUCGACCAAAGAGGUUGUUCAGGUUGCAGCAAUAGCAGCAAUGUGUGUUCAAGCAGAAGCUGAUUACAGACCGUUGAUGGCUGAUGUGGUGCAGUCGCUGGUCCCAUUAGUGAGAAGCCGUAGGUCAGCUGCGAAGCUUAGUGGCUGCUCUAGUAGCUUUAGCUUGGCUCGGUCUCUUGGUUCACCCGUUGGUUCUCAAUAAACCAGAUAAAUAACAAAUGUGGGACUUUUUAGUUUCUAUGUAGUACGGGAUUUGUUAAAGCAAUGUGUGAUGUAACACUUUUGAGUGAUCAAUAAUGAAGCUUACCAGUUAUCAUCA